AUGCCGGCUCAGAGGACUUGCAUUGCUCGAGAUUGCUUGAACGAACCCAGAUUCACAUGCAGCUGCAGCCCAGAAGUUGAAAUAUGCUUAAAGCAUAUAUAUUGGCAUUUGCAAGGUUCUAAUAUUCCAAUAAAGCUUCACUCGUUCACAGAAUUAGAAAAUUCUAAAACUCCUCUAAAAGUAAUAGCUGUUGAAUUCUUGGGGAGCUAUAAAGCAGAUCUCAAAAAACUUAAGGAGCUGUAUUUCAUUAGUGAGAGUGCUAAAGUAAACAUAAUUAAAUCGAAAUUAAAGGAAUUUCAGGAAAGGCUGAAUAGAGAAGUCGAUUCUGUAGAGUCUUUUAGAAAAAGGAUUAUUAAUGCUGAUGAAUUGUGAUUAGAAAAAUCACCAACAUUAAUGAUAAGAAAGCUGGCCAAAAAGGUGAAUAAGGAUCUUUUCAUGCAAUGUGAUGGUCCUAUAUUAAGCAUUGAAAAAAACUUUUCUGCUAGUUGACAGAGUCAGCAAAUAAGAAAGGCAAGAAAAUACAAUUCUUUUUCAUUAGAGCAUUGCCCAAUGAUAAGCAUCCAGAGUCAAACAAGAAAACACAAUUAUCUUCCAAAGCAACCUCGAAAUAUUGCUAUUUCAAUUGCAAUCAUUUUAUUAUCAAUCAUUUACUUAAAUAUAAACUCCACUCCAGAAAGAAGUUUGAAAAUUUCAAGUUCUCCAGAAGAAGUUUCAAUCAUUUUUGAUCACACUAAAGAGCAAAUUGCAAGCCUAUCAAUAAAUCCGCAAAAUGAUUUAAUCGUCAAAGAAAUUUUCGAGAGCUUGAAGGUAAUCAAUGAUUUUUUUUCACGAGAGUCAAGGAAUUUUGAUAACUCUACUUUGUGUCACUCUGAAUGCUUAUCUAUAUCUCAAGAGCAUAAAUUUUAUUAUCGGAAGUUCUACAAUUCAUAUACCUAUGGCGUCUGGAAUAUUGUGUAUAAAGGUAAUGGGAUUUAUAUUUUUGAUAUUAAAGAAGGAGAAAAGGAUUAUUUUGGAGUAAGCUUUUUUGAAAAUGGAGAAAAAUAUGUUGGAUAUUUUACUUCAGGGGAUAAAGAAAACACUUUAGGGCUUUACUUUUGAAACAAUGAUAAAUGAUAUUUUGGCAAUUGAAAUAAUGGAUACGCACAUGGGAAUGGGUUUUAUUAUAAUAAAAAUGAGACUUAUCAAGGAGAAAUUAAAUGAAAUGAAAUUAAAGGCAAAGCUCAAAGAAAGUGGUCAAAUGGUUCAGCGAUUGACGGGACAAUAAUAUCUGGCUGGUGAACUGGAAAUGGCAUUAUAUACUUCGCAAAUGGCGAUACUUACCAAGGACCAUUUAAAGAUGGUAUGGCCGAAGGCAAUGGAAAAUAUAUAUGAAAUUUAACUAAAAUUAUCUAUGAGGGGUCAUUUAGCAAAGGCUUGAGAAAAGAAGAAAAUAAAUGAUAUAGAAAUUGCAAUGGUAAAAUGAUAAUCGGUAAGCAAGUUUUAGGAAGCAAUGUGAAAAUAGAAUUUAAUAGCAGCAAUGAAGAGUGCAAAUACAGUGCUAUCUUGGAAGAUGCUGGAAAAGCUAUAAUUAUGAAUAUAGAUAUAACUGAGCUGUCUUUUAAUAAAAAUAGACCAAUCGUUAGAAACAGACCUAACUAA